AUGCACAAGCCUGUUAAGAACCCAGCAGACUGGAUCUACCGGCGCUGUGCGAGGAGAGGACGUAGCUUUUCUGUGGUACUUGAACCAGGUCCCACCUGGUACGAUCCUCUCCUGUUUGGACCCGGGGUCAAUUCUAGGAGGGAGCCAGCCAGAACCGCUGGUCCCAUCCCCUUGUCUGCCAUCCCGGAGGGUCUCACCGUGGGAGUUCUGGCGCUGGAGGACCCAGCGAUCACCACUCCAGUUCCUGCCAGCUCUGUCCAGCCCCCUGACCUUCGUGGUAAGCGUGAGAGGAGGGUUUCGUGGGAGUCGCCGUCCGAGGGGUCCUCUUCGGAGCCUGCUGCUCCCACCACUGUCCUCACCUCACCUGCCACAUCAUCUGCGCCACGUCCGCGCAAGAAGAGGAGGAGGAGAGCACUGUCAUCCUGUUCGUCUGCCUGGUCCCCUGCCACUGUCUCCAUGUCCUCCCUUGACUCUCUCCCCUACCCUGUGAGUCCUGGCUCGCCCUCAUCUGCUCCCUUGUCUUCCCCUACCACGCCCUGGAACCCUACCUUGCCUCCUUUUGUUCCCCUUACCCAGUCUGCAUCCCCAAGCAAGUCUGUACCCUCCAAGAGCCCCACCAAGUCUGCCCGGACUCCUCGUCCUAAGCCCUCCACCACCCCUGAACCCAAGACCCCUUGCCCACCCAGCUCCACCCUACCUGGACUUCCUCACUGUUUCUAA